AAAAAAUAAAACAAUUAAUAAACCAAAAAUUAAAAAUAAUAAAUAAAUAAUCAGAUAGAAAAAAAAGGGAAAAAUAAUAUAAUUAUGACUAAUUAAAUCUGGAAAUUUUGGAUUUGUUUAUUGAUUAUCUCAUCCCCACCCCCAUUUUUUUUUCACUCAGGUGAUUUUGGAAUCUCUCCUACAAGACGAAGACAGGUAAACUUUGAAAACUAUUGCAAAAACAAGUUGUAAAAAGAUAGUAGGAAGGUGGUUGUGCAUCUAUUUUGUGCAGGAUGAGCAGCCAGAACCAAGGGGUUAGUUUAUCUUCACCGGCUGACCCUCCUAUGAGGCGGAAACGUGGGCGUCCACGGAAGGACGAGACUGUUCAAGGGGACAACUCGCCUGUGACACCUGUUUCCGACAAUCUGAAUAAAAAUAAGCAGAGUGUAGACAUGAGUGACCCUGCAUCUGAAGACAUGGUAGGUCAGAUGGUGUCCGGUGUUAUCGAAGGUUCAUUUGAUGCUGGAUAUCUUCUUAACGUUAAAGUAGGUGAUACCAACACGCAUCUUAGAGGUGUUGUAUUUCUACCGGGGCGAUUCACUCCGAUUACUGCUGCAAAUGAUGUGGCUCCGAAUGCUAAGAUGUACAAAAGAAAAGAGAUUCCUUUCCCAUUUGUUGGCCCUCAGGGUCAUCUUGAUGCUACGAGUCCAUCAGGGAAAAGUGAGAAGCCCAUUGAGCAUAAAAACGACACACCUAAUGUUCUAGACCAAGGUCUACAUAUAGGGCUUCAGUCUGGUGCUACGCCUGUUAGUGAGAGCCAAUCUGCCUCUAUUCUAAUUCCUCCGGCUAGUAACUUGCCGAUGAAUGACACUGGUCUUCCCUUGGGACAAAAGGUCCUACAAGACCUAAUUGCAGAUAUCGGAUUGCAGAACAAUAAAGCUGUUGGUGUUGGACAAGAUCAGUCAUUGCAGGGAUUUGAAGCGUUCAAACUGAUGAAAGGACCGAAUAUUAAUGCAGAGGUUCCUAAAGCAUCUGCAUCAAUAUCGGCAACAUUUACCGGUACGUUGCCAGUUUCCGAGACUGUAAAUUUGAAGCCUCAAGUUGAACACCAGGCUGUGAGUUUUGAUCUUAAGCCACAAGAAUUGUUCGGUGAUGGUAAGAGCCUUGACCUUGUUAACAACCAAACACCUAAAUUUCCCGAACCUGAACCCCAAGCUAUAUCUUGUGAACCCACUGCAAUUGACGUUUUUGGUAAACAGGCUUCUAAAUUUCCCGAGCAUGAACCUCAAGCGAUGCCUUGUGAAUCUGGUGGAAUCAACAUGUUUGGUAAGCGGCCUUCUAAAUUUCCUGAACCUGAAACUCAACCAAUGAAGUGUGAACCUACUGGAAUCAACAUGUUUGGGAAACGGGCUUCUAAAUUUCCUGAACCUGAACCUCAAGGCAUGCCUUGUGAACGUGCUGAAAUCCACAUGUUUGGGAAGCAGGCUUCUAAAUUUGCUGAACCUGAACCUCGAGCCAUACCUUGUGAACCCAUUGGAAUCGACGUGUUUGGAAAACAGGCUUCUAAAUUUCCCGAACCUGAACCUCUAAGCAUGCACUGUGAACCUGCUGGAAUCAACAUGUUUGGAAAGCAGGCUUCUAAAUUUCCCGAACCUGAAACUCAACCCGUGCACUGUGAACCAACUGGAAUCAACAUGUUUGGAAAGCAGGCUUCUAAAUUUCCUGAACCUGAAACUCAACCCAUGCACUGUGAACCAACUGGAAUCAACAUUUUUGGGAAACAGGCUACUAAAUUUCCUGAACCCGAACCUCAAGCCAUGCCUUGUGGACCAACAGGAAUCAACAUGUUCGGAAAGCAGCCAUCUAAAAUUCCUGACCCUCAAGCCAUGCCUUGUGAAUCCACUGGAAUCAACAAUUUCGGGAAGCAGGCUUCUAAAUUUCCCGAACCUGAACUUCGAACCAUGUCUUGCGAACCUACCAGAAUCAACAUUUUCGGGAAACAAGCUUCUAAAUUUCCUGAACCUCAAACCAUACCUUGUGAACCCACUGGACUUAACAUGUUUGGGAAACAAGCUUCUAAGUUUCUUGAACCUGAACACCAAGCCAUACCUUGUGAACUUACUGGACUCAACAUGUUUGGUAAACAGGCUUCAUCUAGGCAAGAUAUAGAUAUUUCCGAAGAUACUCAAUUGGAGCUUGCUAAGAAGAUUAUGACUGGAACCAACACGGCUCACAUGGAUGGACUUUUUGCAAGUGAUGCUACUACAACUACUACUGUGGCACCUCCAUGUUCCGUAUCAAUGACCAGCCUACCAAUAAUGAUAUUCGGGGCAGAAACUAUCCCGUCUGCCCACAAACCCGCCGCUGAAGAAUCUGUUUUUCCAAGAAUGGUAGUUCCUGAAGUUAGUAGUUCUUCAAUGGCCAUUAACACCAACAGCGUGGAAUCUAAUGCUAAAGAUGCCAUUCCACCAGCACAGUCUUAGUUUUCUAGUUUCGCUGGAAUAGAAACGAGUCUUACAAGUCGAGGCUUGAACGAAGGUAAAUGCUUAAUAUAGGUACUUUGUCUCCAAUUUGAAUUAUUUGUACUGGGUACUCUUUGAAGUGUACCUUUACAUUCUGACUUCAUUUCAAGUGCAUCCCCAUGCUUUUGCAUUAUGCUGAAGAUUUAUUGCAGUCUUUUUUACAGCAUUAUGUGCCUGUUUUCAAGCAUUUCAUUGAAAUUUGUAUGGAUCUAUGUCAAUGGAUUAUUAUGGUCAUACAUUUAGGGUUUAUAUAUAUACCAUUAUCAUUGCAUGAUAUAAUAGAAAAGUGUAGAGAUCUUUAUGUACUUCCAUUUUUUUUCAUCAUUAAAAGUUAGAUUCCUUGUAUUGUAUA